GGAGUUAAGUGUAUUAUCUAAAGAAAGGGCAGUUUCCAUUCACUUCCUGUCUCUGCUCAUUGAAGUUGAUGGUGACAAGUGGUGUUAACUCAGAGAGCCUGGGAUGUGGCCAAAGCCUUCCCUCACUUGGGAGAGCCUUCUAGUCAUUUAGGCCCCAAUCUCUCACCUGCUUUAAACUUGCUGUGGAGCUGGGACAUGCUCCGACACCUUGGCUGAGCCCUCACCUCUUCCCUGUACAGUGUCCCCUGGGGACAGCGAGCUGCCCACAAAGUGCAGAGGAUGGAAUGGUGGGUGCGUGCUGCUGUCUCCUCCUUACACCACAGGCUCCUGCCACUCAGCACAUUUUGCCCACCCCUCCACAAUGGAACAUCCUCAAUACCCAGACACAUUCUAUUUGUUGGGAUCAGGAUGUUCUAGAACCUUGCCCUCUCCAAUGCCUCCCUCACACAGAACACCCUAGAAUAGCAGGAUUUUGCUGUGCCUGAACAAUGACCACUUACUCCAGUUCUGGGGCCUGACAGGAAACUAGGCCGUGACCAGGAUGCGGUGGCGGGACCGCGUCGCCGUGUUGUUCUUCCCUCCAGGAUUGAUGCUCAGUGUAGCUGCACUCAUGCUCUUCUUCAUACACAUGGGUGUCUUUGCCAGUGAUGUUCACAACUUCUGUGUCACCCACCACUAUGACCGCAUGAGCUUCCGAUACACGGUUGUGCUGACAUUCUCCCAGGUGAUCAGCAUCUGCUGGGCUGCCAUGGGGUCACUCUACGCAGAGAUGAGCACAGACAAGUUUCUUCGGUGCUUUGCUUUGACCAUCCUGAUACUCAAUGGAGCCAUGUUCUUCAACCGCCUGUCCCUGGAGUUUUUGGCCAUCAAUUACCGAGAGGAGAGCCACUGAGGCCUCGGGACUGGGGACGGGACUAAGAAGGGAGAUGGAAAAAGCUGCUUCAGAUGUUUUAAUAAAGUCUGUUGUUUAUUU